AUGCGUCCCUCCCUCACUCACCUACACACCUCAUUCAACCCUUCCGACCGAAUUCCCGAUCCCACACCACCACCAACGACCACUACCCCAACCUCAUCAUCAUCUCCACUUCGCCGCUUCUACCGCGGUCGACGUCCCAUCUCCGACGCCCGAUCCGACCGCACCACCACAACUGGAACUGCAACCACCGAAAGUCCCCGCAGCCACAGCCAAAGUCCACUCCGACUGAGUAUGUCGUCCAUGUUCUUCCGUCCGGCAGUUCUGCUGCGCCAGAGACCCUCCAAGGUCGAUCUAGCGCUCAGUGCCGAGCAAACUCGCGCCGAUAAAGACGCUAUCGAACGACAGGGUCUACAGCUCAUGGAACCAAGGCCUGUGGAUCCUGUCGCGGUGCUGUUGGAUGUUGUCGCUCUAGGUCAUGAAUCUGAACCUGAACUGGAAUCCUUGGGGGAUCGGACAAGUCGUCUCUCGCAGGCUUCGUCGAGGUGGUCGCAGCCGAGAUUUGUUAUGGGGGGGAUAUUUGAGGUUAUGGAGGGGAGGGCAUAG